GCCGCGGCCGCCCCUCUCCCGGCGCGCCGGCGCAAGCCUGGGGAUAUAAAAGGGCUGACGGGCUCCCUCUGUCGCCCAGUGGCACCGCCAGCAGGCUGAGGGUAACGGGGAGGUAGCGGGCCCGAGCGCAGGCGACAGGACCCGACAGGAGUAACCGGCCCCGAGCCGUCGCCGCCCUCACGGCCCGCUGUCCAGGUGUGUGAACUGAGAAGUCUUCCAAGAUGAUCUGGUGUGUUUUAAUGAUAGGGAUUCUACUUUCUCAGUCUUCAGCCCAUCCAGGCUUUUUUACUUCAAUUGGUCAGAUGACUGAUUUGAUCCAUACUGAGAAAGAUCUGGUGACAUCACUCAAAGAUUAUAUUAAAGCAGAAGAAGACAAGUUAGAACAAAUAAAACAAUGGGCAGAGAAGUUAGACCGACUAACCAAUACAGCAACGAAAGAUCCAGAAGGGUUUGUUGGGCAUCCUGUAAAUGCAUUCAAGUUAGUGAAACGUCUGAACACUGAAUGGAGUGAGUUGGAGAAUCUGGUCCUCAAGGAUAUGUCAGAUGGCUUUAUCUCUAACCUGACCAUUCAGAGGCAGUAUUUCCCUAAUGAUGAAGAUCAGGUUGGAGCAGCUAAAGCUCUGAUUCGUCUGCAAGACACCUACAAUCUAGACACAGACACCAUCUCAAAGGGCAAUCUUCCAGGAGUGAAGCACAAGUCUUUUCUAACAGCCGAGGACUGCUUUGAGUUGGGCAAAGUGGCCUAUACAGAAGCAGACUAUUACCACACAGAACUGUGGAUGGAACAGGCACUAAUGCAACUGGAGGAAGGCGAGGUUUCUACCAUAGACAAAGUCUCUGUCCUAGAUUAUCUGAGCUAUGCAGUGUACCAGCAGGGAGACCUGGAUAAAGCGCUUUCACUCACAAAGAAGCUUCUUGAACUAGACCCUGAACAUCAGAGAGCUAAUGGUAACUUAAGAUAUUUUGAGUAUAUAAUGACUAAAGAAAAAGAUACCAAUAAAUCUGCUUCAGAUGACCCAUCUGAUCAGAAAACUACACCAAAGAAAAAAGGGAUUGCUGUGGAUUACCUGCCAGAGAGACGGAAGUACGAAAUGCUGUGCCGUGGGGAGGGUAUCAAAAUGACCCCUCGGAGACAAAAGAAGCUGUUCUGCCGCUAUCACGAUGGAAACCGGAAUCCUAAAUUUAUUUUGGCUCCAGCCAAACAGGAGGAUGAGUGGGACAAGCCUCGUAUUAUUCGUUUCCAUGAUAUUAUCUCUGAUGCAGAAAUUGAGAUUGUCAAAGACUUAGCGAAACCAAGGCUGAGCCGAGCUACAGUACAUGACCCUGAGACGGGGAAAUUGACCACAGCACAGUACAGAGUAUCUAAGAGUGCUUGGCUGGCUGGUUAUGAAGACCCUGUAGUGUCCAGAAUUAAUAUGAGAAUACAAGAUCUUACAGGACUGGAUGUUUCCACGGCAGAGGAAUUACAGGUAGCAAAUUAUGGAGUUGGAGGACAGUAUGAACCCCAUUUUGACUUUGCACGGAAAGACGAGCCAGAUGCUUUCCAAGAGCUUGGGACAGGAAAUAGAAUUGCUACAUGGCUGUUCUAUAUGAGUGAUGUGUCUGCCGGAGGAGCUACUGUUUUUCCUGAAGUAGGAGCCAGUGUUUGGCCCAAAAAAGGCACUGCUGUCUUCUGGUACAAUCUGUUUGCCAGUGGAGAAGGAGAUUACAGUACACGGCAUGCAGCCUGUCCCGUGCUCGUUGGAAACAAAUGGGUAUCCAACAAAUGGCUGCAUGAACGUGGACAAGAAUUUCGAAGGCCGUGCACCCUGUCAGAAUUGGAAUGACAGACAAGCUCCCCUCGCUCCUGCUGUCCUAAUGCACCUGGCACAAUUUCUGAGUGUAACUUUCAGAAGUUUACAGCUGACUAACACUCCAUGAUUAAUUCGGUCAUGAACCUCAUCCCAUGUUUUGUCUGUGGACAAUCACUUAUUUUGUGGGUUUUUUGUUUUUUAAUUAACAAUCACCACAUUAUGUAAAAUUUUACAGUUUGGUUGUUAUCACAGGAUACAGGACAUUUAAAAUGAGGAAUCCUAAUUUUGUUGUUUAAAAGAACUUUGUUAGAUUAAAAAAAAAACCAAGAGGACCAGUUGUAGAUUUUGCCACAUCUCAGUAGAUAGAUGGUGGGCCAAGCGAGGCUGUGCAUGGUGCAGACGCCUGUCCACCUGCUCUCCCUUUGCUGGGUUGCUGAGACAAACUAGGACCCUAGUCUGGAUUUAAGGGGAUUGCCUCCAUCUAUUAUUCCAUGCUCAUAUUUCUUUUUACAGAAACUAUUUUUACCAAAUCCCCCUCCUUACCACUGGUGAAUUCAACCAGUUUGAGAAAAUUACUUUGUUCAAAAAAGUCCUGCAUAGCGGAACUGACCCUCACAGCUAAGAUGCUCAGACUUAGACGUCUUCUUCAAUGACUGAUCAUGUUCAGAGACUUGCUGUUCCAAGUGCCAAUACCCUGCCUUGUGUGCCUACACAGCAGGUGGCGGUGUUAGCAUUAAACACUGUGCCUUAGGAGACUGGGAGUUAAAAUGUGCAGGUCCUUGUAAUGACGAGUGAGGGAGUUGAUUUUUAAAAACAAAUCUCUUUUAUAAAAAGCCAAAAUGGUUUUUCUUUUUAAUCCUGAAACGUGUUAUAACAGUGACCUAUUUAUGAUCUUAAAUCUUUUUUAAAAAAUGUUUCUGUGUGGUAUUUUCAUGUUUAAAUUCAAAUAUAAAAUAACAGUGCUCACAGGUUAAUAUACAUUACUCCUUUACUACAUAGAGCUUAGGUUUAGUGUUUGUGCUUAGACAUUUAGUCAGUCAAAAUAUGUUUCCUUGGGGUAUAGCUUGCCUGGCCCACUCCAGACUAUGAGACACUAGCAGAAAGUCUCCUUUCUUCAGAGACAGUCAUGUGUGACUAUUAGUCUUAUAAUAAUAACUACUAUGCUUUCUUUUAUUCAAAAGCCUGGUUGUAGUCUUGGUGCCUCUGAAGGAAUUCUUCAUUCACACAGGGCUCUGGCUCUUUUUAAUUCUCUGGGAAAUUAAAUGUAGGUAUUAAAAUCAACUAUUCCAUCACAAAGAUUUUAUCAAAAAAGUAAGUUCAGCACUGAUUUUGCAGCCAAAGAUACUUUCAAACAAACAAACAGGCUGGGCAUGGUGGCCCACAUCUUUGGUCCCAGUACUUGGAAGGCAGAGGCAAAAGGAUCUCUGAGUUCAAAGACAGCCUGGUCUACAUAGUAAGUUCUAGGUCAGCCAGGGUUAUAUAGGGAGAUCUUGUUUCAAAAACAGACAAGCAAAACAACUUUUUAGGCUGGUGGUGUAGCUCAGACAUGGAGCAACAUGUGUGAGCACUGGGGUUUCAUUCCACUACUAAAGCCCCACCCCCACACCAAUUAAAGGAACAACAAUUCUACAGGUAAAAUGGGGAUUUCAAGGCCAGAAGAUGGUUUUGUCACAAUGUGCUAGCAACUAGAUUAUAAAUUAGGAAGAUAACAAUAUAUAAAUUUACAAGGAAAUUAUAUGUCUUCUAUAAGAACUUAAUAUAAGAUACAUACCAGCCUGCCUCUGCUUCCUGAGACGUUCUGAUAGAGCACCUGGCAGUUAGAGAAAGGCGCCUUUGGCAUGAGUGCAGUUUGCAGUAUCAGGUGAUUUUGUAUAAGGGCCGGUCUCCAGCCAGAAAUCACAGGGUUUAUGAGGAAAAGGCGGCAAGUUGUUGAAACCAGGAGUGACCUGUAAGUAGGUGAGGAGACACUCGACCUCAUCAAUCUUUUAAGGAAGUUAACAGGAUUCCUAUCAGGAAAAUAGUGUGUGUUGGCUAGGUGAAAACCGUUUUUAUGCAAACGUUCUUCAAAACUUGAUUUCCUAUCAGAAGUUAACAUCCAAAAAUUCUGUUUCUGGGUAUGAAAUGAAGGCAAAGAGUUGAAAUGUUUACACCCAGGCUCAUAACAGGAUUAUUUGUAAUCACUAUAAAGUGAAAGCAACCUAAGUACAGAAACACAGUGGGGAAAAGGUGUCAUAUACGUUAAGCCAAAAAUGAAAUUCCAACCCAUGCUUAACAUGGAUGAAGUCACACAAAUACUCUUACACACUUACACUAGACACCAAGAGUGGUCAAAUGCAAAGGAAAUAGAUGGUUGCCUGGGGGUUAGUAUUUUAAUGGGUAUGUUGCAUAGCAAUGUGAUACACUUAAUGUGCUCUAAAUACAUUCUUUGACUUCAGACUUA